UUUGGGCGGGAACGAGGCAGGUCUCAGAGAAACGGGAGAAGAAUGACCGGCCAUGGGUUUACUAGUGGGUACCCUCUUCAGAAUCAUCAUUGUGCACGAAACAGCAACACCCCCUGGACAGGGAAUCAGCCCAUAACAUGAUGCUGUAAACUGAUACGGGAGGAGAAGAAGAAUGAGACUUUUCGUGUUCCUGAUUUCUGAAGGCCAUGUGUCUGAACCGAGCUGUGUGAGGCCUGGCCGUCCUCGCCGUGGGGAUCCUGAUCGGACACUUCGGCAUCGAGCAGGACAACUCGCCCAAAUGGGUGCGGGAUCUGUCUCAGAACGUGGACGAGAGCCUCAUCAAGAAGUUCAUCGCUGAGGUGGACAACAUGAAGAUACAGGAGAACCUCAGGAAACUGACUGAGGUUCCUCACAUGGCCACAACGCCUGGGGACGAGGCCACGGUAGAAUACAUGCUGAAGAGGUGGCAGGAUAAAGACAGUGGUCUGGAUGCUGCAUGGAGGGAAGAUUACCGGGUCUACUUGUCCUUUCCAAAGAAAGACACACCAAAUACUGUCACCGUGGUAAGUCCUUCCAAUGCCGUGCUGUUCAAAGCCCAGGAGAAAGAGAAGGCGUACACUCCAGACCAGGAGGACCCAGAAGUGGUGCAGCCAUACGCCGCCUAUGGACCUGCUGGACAUGCCAGGGGGAAGCUGGUGUAUGCUAACCAGGGGAAAGUGAGUGACUACGAGCUCUUGAACAGAACACUGGACCUCAGUGGAACCAUCGCCAUUGUCAGAUACGGAGGAGCAGGACGAGGAGCAAAAGCGAUCAACGCGGCUCCGUUCGGGGUGGUCGGGGUGCUUGUCUACACAGAUCCCUAUGACAUCAACGACGGCCUGAUGUCUGAUGAAAACGAGACUUACCCUCACUCCUGGUACCUCCCUCCAUCUGGUGCAGAAAGAGGAAGUUUCACCAGUGAUUUUGGAGACCCGCUGACACCUUACCUGGCUGCCAAAAAGGAUACAUACAGGAUUCCUGAGGAGAAUAUCAAUGGGGCUCCGCCUAUUCCAAUCCAGCCAAUAGGUUUUGGGGAUGCCCAGGCCUUGAUAUGUGAGCUUGGUGGAUCUGCAGCUCCUACAGACUGGCAAGGCUCUUUUCCCUGCACAUACAAUUUUGGUGGACCAGGAUUCCGGGAUGCAUCAACAUAUCAGGACAGUGAAGUAAAGCUAGAUGUUUACAACGCUGGGGAGCUGAGGAACUCCGCUAAUGUGAUGGGAGUGAUCUGGGGCAGUGUGGAGCCAGACAGGUAUGUGAUGUAUGGGAAUCACAGGGAUAGCUGGGUCCAUGGGGCGAUUGACCCCAGCAGUGGGACAGCGGUGAUGCUGGAGAUCACCAGAAUCCUGGGUGAAAAGGUGAAGUCAGGAAAGUGGAGACCUCGGCGCACAAUCAUCUUUGGGAGCUGGGGGGCGGAGGAAUUCGGUCUGAUUGGAUCUGCUGAAUAUGCAGAGGAAUAUAUAAGCAAACUUAGUCAGCGGGCCGUGGCCUACAUCAAUGUGGACAUCUCUGUGUUUGCUAAUGCCACUCUACGAGCUUCUGCAUCACCGAUUGCACAAAAUGUCAUCUUCACAGCUUCCAAGCAGGUGAACGCAGCAGGUUCAUCCUCCGUAUCUGUAUAUGAUAACUGGCUCAAAUAUUUCAACAGGACCAGCCCCACUUACGGACUCAUCCCAAAUGUUGGAUAUCUGACAGGAGCAGGAAGUGACUACGCACCGUUUAUCCACUACAUGGGAAUCACAUCUAUGGACCUAUCCUACACCUAUGACCGAAGCAAAACCAGAGCACGCAUCUACCCAGCGUACCACACUGCAUACGACACGUUUGACUAUGCAUCCAAGUAUAUUGAUCCAGGAUUCACUAGUCACCAGACAGUGGCGAGGACGGCCGGGAAUAUCCUGCUGCGAUUGGCUGAUAGUCUUCUGCUGCCGUUCAACUGCACUGACUAUGCAGAGAGUCUGGAGGGAUACCUUACUGGAACUGUGGAAAACUUUGAAGAGCUUCUUAAAGCCAACGGCAUCUCCACGGAGCCCUUAAAGGAGGCAGUGAAGUCCUUCCGUAAUGCAGCUGCUAAUCUGGACCGCGUCAUCCACAGCUCAGACCUUCUAAACGAAACGCCUCUGAAAGCGCGGCGCAUUAAUGAUCAGCUGAUGCUGCUGGACCGAGCGUUCGUGGAUCCACAGGCCUUCCCAAACAAAUACGCAUACAGGCACGUUAUCUGGGCGUCCAGGACGUCGGGUGUGGCCACGUUUCCAGGCCUGGCCGACGCUGUGGAGAAGGCUCGGACCACCGGCCUGAAGGAGGACUGGGCCGAGGCUCACAAACACCUGUCCAUCGUCACACAGGCCAUCUCCGGUGCUGCACACACACUCACUGAAGUUCACCAGUGAGACGUAGCUUCAACCACAGCGUCAGUGAGGAUAGAAUUACACUGUGAACUUUCAUUCAGCUUCAGUCACUUAAAGGAGAACUUUGGUGUAAAAUGCACUUAUAUGAUAACUAGUACAAACUUUUGUCUAACGGUCUAUUCUAAA